AUGGAAAAAAAACAUCAAAAUAUCGUUCGACGAGUUCGAAGUUUGGUUGAACGAGAAGCAAAAUUUCAGAAUAACUCGAAUCACGAAACAUUGACUAUGUCAGUUCAACGAUGUAAUCGAAAUUUAGUAGAAACUGAACGUAAUUGGUUAAUAAGAGUAGAAAAACAAGCUGAAUUAAAGGUUGAUGAUGUGCCUCAAGAGCUACAAGAACUUACGUUAUCAGAACAAAAAUUGAUUGCUUUAUAUCGUCAUUCAAGUUGUGUGAUUAAAUUAUUUUCUAUUACAUGUGAUCCUUCUUUAGCACAGAUAGCAUUAAAAGACAAUGUUAUAACAUUCCCUCAAAAUGUAUCAGAGAUUGCAAGAUCUCUUCCAUUAGCAUUAGAUGAAUUGUCACAAUUUAUUAAAAUGAUCUUUGUGGGAAAAUCACUACCAAAGAAAGAUCAACUACGUUCAAUUCUUACAAAUAAUAUUUUAUAUAAAUAUAUACAUAUUGAUCAUUUGUUAAUUGAUACAUUACCGAUAAAUGACAUAACUGAUUGCUUAUGGAAUACUCUAUCAUUAGUUGAUGAAUCUGAAAGUCAAAAUGCUGAGCAUUCUGUUUAUAUUAAUAAUUAUAUUGAUUCCAAUGAUUUACCUGAAAAUGAAAUAAUUUCAUUAAAUACAAGUACAUUGAUAGAUACAGAUGGUGGUGCUACAUCAUCUAUUGAUAUCAGACGACAUUUAAUAAGAUGGAUAAGUAUUAACAAUGAAGUUGUAGCUAGUGAUGAUAUUAUAUAUUUUAUACUACAUGGUAAACAUCCGGUAAAUGAAUAUUUCA